ACUUCUGGGGAAGCACCUUAACCUAAUGUCGGUUUUGAGGUUUUUCACUUUUGUGUAAAACAUAAAACUUGUGUUUUUAGUUGUGUUUCCUGAUUACACGCUUACAAACUCUAAAGAACUAUGCUCAGAAACUUUAUUUCGAUAAAUACUCUUCAGUACAAAGAAGUAAAACGCAUUGGGGCGAAGAUUUGUAAUUUUGCACAGCAAGCAAACAGAAAAACUCAAACAAAUUUAACACCAAGUCGUUCAGGUAGCGUGUGGUCUCGUCGCCGUAACUUAAAAGAUCAACUUAUCAGCCCAUCCAAUUGGCGAAGAUAUACGAGCGAAGUUUUUGACGAGUCUGAAACCGAAGACCUGAAUACUGAAAAAGUAGACUGGUAUUUGGGAUCCACACGAGCGGUGUUUGUAAUACAACCGUACGAAGCAGAAGAUGUGAGCAAGGACGUUUAUAUAUCCACCCCACACAUAACUAACCCACAACUUGAACUCGAUGAAUCUGUCGCGCUGGUCGAGACUUUACCAGAUUGGAAAGUACAUGGUAGUGUUAUCUUACGCAUACGAAACAAAAACAGCAAUGAGAUUUUUUCCAAGAAAAAUUUCCAGAACUUGAUGGAAAAACUGAAAGAAAAACAAACUGUGAACUCGUUGUUUGUUAGUGUGGAAAAACUUACGAAUAUUCAGAAAGCAACUUUACAACAGGCGUCAGGCUUGGAGCAUAUUUUUGACCGCUACAGUCUUGUACUUCAAAUAUUUAAACUGAGAGCAAAAACCAAAGAAGCCAAACUACAAGUUGCGCUUGCUCAAUUACCAAUGGACAAAGCUACAAUGAAGGUUCCUAAUGAAACAUCAAAACACCAAUCUCAGCACCAGCAGGGUAAAGGCAGUGGUGAAACAUACAGUGAACUUGUAAGAAGAGAAUUCAAUUUGAAAGAGCAACGUUUAAUGAAGAGAUUAAAACACGUGAAACGAAUUCGGAACGAGCAUAGAGAAGCAAGGAAACGAAAUGCUGUUCCUGUUGCUGCUGUGAUUGGAUAUACUAAUGCAGGCAAAACAAGUCUUAUCAAAGCUCUAUCUGUUUUGUCUGAACGAAUUCAACCGAAAGAUUAUUUAUUUGCAACUUUGGAUGUGACUGCCCAUGCUGCUAUUCUACCUAACAAUUUACGCUAUGUACUGGUUGAUACAGUUGGUUUUCUAUCCAAACUACCUCAUUCUUUGAUUGACGCAUUUAAAGCCACAAUGGAGGAUAUGCUACAAGCUGACCUUCUCAUACACGUUCGUGACAUAAGUCAUCCGCACUCAAAAAAUCAGCUGCGUAAUGUUUUGAAAGUUCUUUCCCAACUUAAACUACCGCCAUCAUUGUUGGAAAAUAUUAUUGAGGUCCGGAACAAAGUUGAUUUGGUGAAACCAGUUCGUGAUGACCCGUUCAGUGAGGUCGUUGGUAAAACCAAGAAAACAGUGUUUCCAGAUGUAAUUGUACCAAAACCUCGUUCACUGACACCUGGUGUGCGCAGUCUUCGCCCGGCAGUUAUCUGUCACGUCUCUGCUACAGAAGGAACAGGUUUGUCAAGUCUUGCCAUUCAAAUACAGAAUGGAAUAAUGAAAGCUACUGAUCGAAAAGUUUGUACACUACGGGUUCCUGCCGUUGGAGGGCACCUUGAAUGGCUUAGGGAACACUACGCAGUGCAUGAGGUGCGCGGGAGUGGCAAUUUUAAUUUGGAGUUGGAAGUAAUUGUUGCAGACUGGCAGUUAGCGAAAUUUACGAGUGCGUUUGAGGACGUUGAAAUUUUGCCACAGAAAUUGGACGCAAAAAGUUUAAAAUCGUAAUUACUGUAUGAAGGGAUUUUAAACUGGAAAAUAUAAGAUGAAACAGAUCAUGUAUACAAUGAAUCAAUACUCAAAUUAUCAUAAGAUGGAAAAUUGCUAACUGGAACUUUCGUAGAAAAAGGAAAAAUAGUUUGAAAUUGGAAAAACAUAUUGGAAUAGAAAAACAAAAAAGAAAAACAGCGAUAAUUUGAAAUUUGAAAAUAGGAAUCAUUUUAUUUCAAAUGUACACUGUCACUUUGUCGGCGCAUGAGGUGUGCGAAAAAGGUGGCAGUCUGACGCCUUGUUUAAGCACGGGAAGGGACACUGGGAGUGAGUUGCUGCUUGUUUUCGGGCCGGGAAAGCAGGCGUGGGCGUUUCUGCGUUGCUUUGUUGACAUCGGAGCUGCUGCGUGUUUCUUCUGGGUAGGAACGCACAGACGCGUAUGCGCGCGGCAUGGCGUUUGGGACUGGGGAAAAUAUGAAGAUUAGUCUUGCUGUAUAAAUAAUACUUUAUUGAACUAUUUGUUUUGACACUGUGCAGCACCCUAGUGUUGACGGCUGUUUUGUGUAGCUGAUUUUUUACAAACCGGCGUUUGUAGGCUAUAUGCGUUAAACACUUGCCAAUAAAUUGUUAAGUAUUGCGUCACGACCAAGUUACCAACAAUAUUGCUGGAAAUCGUUGCAAAUUAAACUGAAAAUGCUGCAGAUCUACUGCUACAGAUUAUAUACAGUGCAUACUGUAUACGUUUACAUGUACAGGUACUACUUAAAAAUACCAGUUAGAUACCAUGAUAUGUUUAAUGAAACUUGCCAGCACGAUGAAGCGGUUUCAGUUUCAGCUACCUAUCUUACCAAUGCCUACCACCGGUGCCCUGUGGCUGUGUCCGAACCGUGUUGACUGUACCAUCCCCUUGAACUUCUCAGGGAUGUUUGGUGGCCAUUGAAAACAUUGUCGUUGUAUUGUGUUACGGGUGUAAUGGACCUCUGGCUGCUUUCUUUGGAUCGGGGCUGUGAAACGUUUUUUUGUUUUUUAUUAGAGUUGAAUUCGGUAAUAAAGUGACGGGGCAACGACAGUCU